CCCAAUGUUGAACUUGAACACACAGCUAAAGUUGGUCCCUAGCCCUGCAUCUUGGACCGAAACACCAUAUCAGAUGUUGGAAAAAGCACCAUUGCCCACUCGCCCCCUCAAAAUCCUUUUCAAGACGACACCUUUUGUGGUUAUUGUUUGUGUUCCUCGAUCUUCUUUUGUUUGUGCUUUUUAUUUUUGUCUUCUUGUUGUUGUCUUUCACACUGAUGAUCAGGUACAUCAUCAGACCUCAUGUCUAGCAGGGAGAGGCUAGCUCGUUCUUUCCUGAGUUGCUUUUGCAGCAGCUACUGAAUCGAUCAAACCAACAACUACUGGAAAAAGUAAAAGGGCAAAUGCUUCAUUUGUGUCUGUGGUAAAUCGCCAGUCGCGCCACGCAGUCGUGAUUCGGGUCUGGUUCGUGUAUGCACCGGGCGGGCUAAUGUAUUUGAUGUUUGUCAUUCAAGGCAUGUUUUGGAUGGAUGAGAUGAGAUUACAUGGUCGGACGCAUCUAACAAAAUCAGCUCACGCGCAACACUCAACAGUGUCAAACCAUUGAAACUGAGAGAUGAGCAAGAAUGGGUUUCAAUAAUCUGCAAGGUUGGAAUCAGACUGAUGUCAAUGAUUGGUCUAAGAAUAUCGUAUCGAGCACCAAACAAGUGAUGCUUCUUUCCCUUCUUCUUCCUUUUGAGUAUUACAGUAUAGUUUAGUUGUGCAAGCAAGCAAGCAAAGCAAAGUCUCCAAAAUCUUGCUUUCUCGUAUUACCAAGCUGAAAGCAGAGAAAGAUGGAAUAGAAGUGCCCCAUCUCGAUGGUUAAAGAAAGAACCCAUUACCCACUCAUCAUCAACAGAAUAUCUUUAGUUGUCUGCUUCUCUUUAAUAAAGCCAUCAAACUUCCCCCUUUAUUGAAAAUUUAAACAUCCCCCACUCCAAAUUUCAAAAAAAGAAAAGGAAAAAACACAAACACAAACACAUCCUCCUCCAUCAUUGUGCCAAAACCCCAUUUAUAGGCAACCUCUUUGUCUCUCUUCUCUUCUCCCUCACCUUACUUGCUUCACCACUUCACUCAAAGAACCUCUCCCAGUACUUAAAACCGACCCACCAACCCCAAAAUCUCAAAGAAAAGAAACAAAAAUGGCAACCCUUCCACAGCAGCCAUAUGCAGAACAGCAGCAGCAGCAGCAGUCGCCUGUCCUCGUGUACCCAGACACGGCCGCCGCGAGAGGCCCGCCAGCGGAAUCCCACUCGAAUAACGGUUCGUUCGGGUCGGUGUUCAUCGUGCUGGCGGUGAUCAUCGUGGUGUCGGCGGUGGCGUGCUGCCUGGGGCGGGUGUGCAGCAAGAGCAAGCAUGGCGGUGGCGGCGGCGGGAAAGAGCAUAAACAGGGGAAGAAGCAGAACAAGGACAAGAAGAACAGCAGCAAGGGGAAGCCCCAGAAUUCCAAGGUGGGCCAGAGCGAUGACAUCGAAUUUGGGUUCGACAAAGGUGGUGGUGGUGGGUUUCCUCCCAUGGGCCGGCGGGAAGGGCCCAGUGGGCCUCAUUUUAAGCAGCCUCAGCCUGCUGCUGCUGCUGCGGACGGCAAUCACAACGCGCCGUAUUUCCCUUACGGGCCCCCUCCCCCGCCGCCGCCGGCGAAUCAUAAUGUUCACCGCGGCGGUGUGAAUGGGAUGCUGAUGAUGAACGGCGGUGGGCAUCAGCAGAAGAAGGGGCACGGCGGCGGCGGUGGUAACCAUAACCCUCAUUUCAAAGGUGAUGGGCACUAUCCCACCAUGGAGUUUCAUGACGGCGAGCCUCCUAGGCGUUAAUUAAUUUCGAUGAAAGGGUUCCCGAUGGCGAUGGGAUUACUACUAAUAUAUGGAAAAUUGGGGUUUCAUUGUUCUUGGUUGCGUCUUUCAUUUUUAGCUUUUGAGGUUUUUUUUUUGUUCUUCUUUUUUCUGUUCGGGUAUUAUCAUUGAGCAGUCUCUUUAGUAGUAGCUUGAAAUGUAUCAUUACAAACGCAGAAAAUGGUUACUUUAAUGGCAAGGGUCUCACCACCUUACUUGAACUUUUUUAUUUAUUGAGGGAUGACAAAAGUGAGGUUGCUAACUAGUUGAGCGGUUUAAGAGCGAGCGGCUCGUCGUUCGAUUCGAGGAAAAAUUGUUCGGUUAGAGGAAGAAAAAAAAUUGAUUUAUUUUUUUAACGAGCCGAGUUUUAGCUGAGCCUUGUUUGACUCGUGAGACUUGUUGGCUUCAUGGCUCGUUGAGUUCAACUCGUGAACUGUCUUGUUUUGAGCUAAUGAGAUAUCUUCACAUCGAGACAAGCAAUUCCCAACUCGACUACCUGACUUAUGAGAAAAUCGGUCUCUAUCUGAUGAGUUGGUUCGCUGAUAAUUCAUAGUUUUUAAAAUUGUAUAUAUCACUCCAUAGGCUAAUUAAGACUAUGAGAAUAAAUAUGUCUCCUUUAUAAUCUAAAGAUAAAUUAUGUAUUAUAGAUUGCUUAGAUACUAAUUACUAUAAAUUUCAUUAUAUGACAUAAAUAAAAUUUAUGAGCUAAUUAAUGUGAUACCAACAAAGUGUAUAAACACGAGAUCAGUUAAUUACAUGCAUCAUACAUGACCUACGAAUAUGGGAGUCCCUACGAAUAUUAGAGUAUUUAAUUUGUAAAUUAUCUUGGAGUUCAGUUUAAGGAUCAAACAUUUUGGAAUAAAUGAGUUGAGCUCAACCUGAACUUAUGAUCUUAAUGAUGAGCCAAUGUUUAAUAAAUGAACCGGUUUGACUAUGAACUCCUAUUAAUAUGCCACGCGAUGGGCAGUAUUGUUAGUAGAGGGUGUAAACACCACCUCUUUCUGACUCUGAGUCCUCUCUCGACCUCUCACUAGUGGAGCCUACAGUUGAACAAUAAUGUAUUUGGCACAUAUAGCCGCAAAUGAGGAGCACUUCUACUAUGCUAUAUAGUAUUGGUGCUUUAAUGUACAACUUAAAGUUGUACCAUAACAUUAAAUGUAUAAGUUUAGGUUGUACCAUAAAGCAAUUUGUACCCUUAUGUUAUGGUAUAACUUUACAACUUGAAGUUGUACCAUCACAUAAAGGUACAAGUUCAAGUUGUACCAUAAAAGAAUUUGUACCAAAAGUAUAGGUACAAUAUGAAGUUGUACCAUAACGUAAAUGUACAAUUUUAAGUUGUACCAUAAAGGCAAAAACCUAUAGCACCAAUACUAUAUAGCAUUGUAAAAUUUCUCGCAAAUGAGAUGUGCAACACAAUAGGAGUAGUUUCUUUCAGCGGAGGUGGUCUAUCCCCAUUAACAAUCAAUUAACAAUUAAUUGAUUUCUUUUACAUUUAUUCGUUUAUUUAUGUUUCUAGGCAUACUAAUAAGAUUGUCCAUCGCAUGGCAUAAAUGACCCUUGCAUCGGUAGCAACCCUUUUGAUUGACUACCGCUCUUUCAUUUCCAACGUACUGUAAUAUCUUAUCUAUUACAAACUAUUCAUGACAAAAAAAAAACGAACCGGUUUGAAAUUGAUUCGACUCAACUCGUUGAUAAAUUAACCCAAUAUAAACAAAACGAAAUUCGACCUUGACUCGAUUCUUUAGCAGGCCUAAUAAGAACCUUUCUGAUCU